AUGGCGCUGCGGCGCCUCCUGCUGCUGCUUCUGCUCCUGCUCUCGCUGGAGUCCCUGGACCUGCUGCCCGGUGGCGCCCACGCCGCCCGCGGCCGCGCCGCCAACCGGACCCUGAGCGCCGGUGCCUCUGCCGUCGGGGGCCGGCGGUCCGGGGGCGCCCUGGCCCGGGGCGGCCGCGAGCUGAAUGGCACCGCCCGGGCGUCCGGUGGUGUCCCGGAGGCGGGGAGCCGGCGGGGGCAGCCCGCGGCGGCAGUGGCGGCGGCGGCAGCGGCCAGCGCGACCGUCACCUACGAGACCUGCUGGGGCUACUAUGAUGUGAGCGGCCAGUACGACAAGGAGUUCGAGUGUAACAACAGCGAGAGCGGCUACCUGUACUGCUGCGGCACCUGCUACUACCGCUUCUGCUGCAAGAAGCGCCACGAGAAGCUGGACCAGCGCCAGUGCACCAACUACCAGAGCCCCGUGUGGGUGCAGACGCCCAGCACCAAGGUGGUUUCGCCGGAGCCCGAGAACAAGUACGACCCGGAGAAGGACAAGACCAACUUCACCGUCUACAUCACCUGCGGGGUCAUCGCCUUCGUCGUCGUGGCGGGGGUCUUCGCCAAGAUCUCCUACGACAAGGCCCACCGCCCUCCGCGGGAGAUGAACAUCCACAGGGCUCUGGCUGACAUCUUAAGACAACAGGGACCCAUCCCCAUAGCACACUGUGAAAGAGAAGCGAUCUCGGCUAUCGAUACCUCUCCCAAAGAGAACACGCCGGUCCGAUCAUCCUCCAAAAACCACUACACCCCCGUGCGCACGGCCAAGCAGACUCCAGAGAAGCCAAGAAAGAACAACAUCCUGACAUCGGCCACCGAGCCCUAUGACCUCUCCUUCUCACGCUCCUUCCAGAACCUGGCUCAUCUACCCCCAUCCUAUGAGUCUGCAGUGAAGACGAACCCUAGCAAGUACUCAUCUCUGAAGAGACUAACCGACAAGGAGGCUGAUGAGUACUACAUGAGGCGGAGGCACCUGCCAGACCUGGCUGCCCGCGGCACCCUCCCACUCAAUGUCAUCCAGAUGUCGCAACAGAAGCCGCUGCCACGGGAACGACCCCGCCGGCCAAUAAGGGCCAUGUCGCAGGACAGGGUCCUGUCCCCGCAACGGGGCCUGUCAGAUGAGUUCGGCAUGCCCUACGACCGUAUUCUGUCUGAUGAGCAGCUGCUCUCCACGGAGCGCCUGCACUCCCAGGACCCGCUGCUGUCCCCGGAGCGGACGGCCUUUCCCGAGCAGUCCCUGUCGCGGGCCAUCUCCCACACGGACGUCUUUGUGUCCACGCCUGUGCUGGACCGCUACCGCAUGACCAAGAUGCACUCCCAUCCCAGUGCCUCCAAUAACUCCUACGCCACCCUGGGCCAGAGCCAGACAGCAGCCAAGCGCCACGCCUUUGCCUCGCGCAGACACAACACAGUGGAGCAGCUGCACUAUAUCCCCGGCCACCACACCUGCUACACGGCCAGCAAGACGGAAGUGACCGUGUGACUGAUGGUGCAGGGCCAGGGCCACUGGGCAGGAUGGGGCAGGCUGAGAGUCGAGAACCUCUCCUUCUCCCCUUCUAUUAAAAGUGGACGUGGGACAGCUUUGUCCAGAAAGUCAUACCUCUCCAGAGACACUGCCCUGAUGGCCUGGCCUCGCAUCUGGAGUGAUCAUGCCCCCUCUUCUCAUACAGUUAGUGGCGGGUGAGCAAGGCAAGCCGCCAAGUCUCACCCAGUUCCCCUACCCCAUCCCCAAUCUUGACCAACUCCCUUCAGUCUCACGCUCCCUCCUCCCCCUCCUGGGGACUCAGCUGCAGGUUCUGUCAACCAAGAGACCCUUGUCUGACCCGGGGUCCACAGCUGCCUGGGUCUGCAGUGGCCAGCAGGUAUGGUCAGUGGGCUGACUGAAGAGACUCUGUCUCAUUCCUUUACCUAGAACCGCAUCACAGAAAUCUUCUAGUGCCUAAAAACUGCCUGCUUUCUCUCUCACAGCCAGAGAGCUGCUGUGUCCAUAAGCACAACAAUGAUUCUCUUCUGCCUGCUGG